CCCCUCUCUCUCUCUCACUGAGCAGCAGCAGGAGCAGUGCUCUGCGCUCUCUUCCUCCUCUCUCCCAUUUUAUUUAUUUAUUUAUUUAUUUUACCAUAUUUAUCCUACCCUACCUCUCUGUCUAGCAUCUCUUCUUCUUCUUCCUCUGAGUCUUUGCAUUUGCUCCUGCUCCCGGCCGGAUUCCAGCUCCCCCAUCUAGGGAGAUUGCCACUUUUUCUUGGACGUUUUUUGUUCUACCAGACAUUCGGCUGGCGCAAGAUCUGAACUGAAGCCGUCAAGAAUCACCACCGGCGGCGGCAGCGAUGAGGCCGGAGACGCGGCUGGACUCGGCGGCCUUCCAGCUCACCCCCACCCGCACCAGGUGUGAUUUGAUUGUGAUAGCGAAUGGGAGGAAGGAGAAGAUCGCCUCCGGCCUGCUCAACCCCUUCGUCGCCCACCUCAAGGCCGCCCAGGACCAGAUUGCCAAGGGAGGCUACACCAUCCUGCUUGAGCCGGAUCCGGCGGCCGACGCGCCAUGGUUCACCAGGGGCACCGUCGAGAGGUUCGUCCGCUUCGUGAGCACGCCGGAGGUCCUGGAGCGGGUGACGACGAUAGAGUCCGAGAUACUGCAGCUCGAGGACGCCAUCGCCGUCCAGAGCAACGAAAAUCUUGGACUCAAAUCUGAAGAAGGCCAUAAUGGGAAACCCGUGGACUCGUCCAUGGAAGGUGGCAGGACAGGUUACAAUACUGAUGGUGAUAAGGCACUUGUUCUGUACAAGCCUGACGCACAUCCAGCAUCCGCACUGCAGAAUGACGACGGAGUACAUGAGGAGCAUUCAAAAGUUCAGCUUCUCAGAGUGCUGGAGACUCGCAAAACUGUCUUACGUAAAGAGCAGGCUAUGGCCUUUGCACGUGCUGUAGCUGCUGGGUUUGAUAUAGACAACCUGAUAUAUUUGAUCUCGUUCGCAGAGCGUUUUGGUGCUUCACGCUUGAUGAAGGCAUGCACACAGUUCAUUGAUUUGUGGAGGCAAAAACAUGAGACUGGACAGUGGAUUGACGUUGAACCCGAAACAAUGUCUACACGCUCUGAAUUUCCCCCCUUCAAUGCUUCUGGGAUUAUGUUCAUGGGAGAUAAGGAAACAAUGUCUGUCUCUAAUGGAGAUACAAAUGGGAUUAUGUUCAUGGGAGAUAAGGAAACAAUGUCUGUCUCUAAUGGAGAUACAAAUGGCGAAGAUGCUGCUAAAGCUGAUCACAGGGCACAUCACCACCCAGGAGCUCCCCAUGAGUACCAUCAUGGUCCAUAUCAAUCAGGAUAUCCACCAUGGGCAAUGCAUCCUCCUUACCCCAUGCAAGGCAUGCCACCAUACUACCCUGGGGCGAACCCAUAUUACCCUCCUCCCUAUCCCCCAGCAGAUGAUCCCAGGUACAACUACUCGGAAAGGAGACCAUCAAGGAAGCACUCAGCAGAUAGCAAGGACUUCGACAACUCCAAUGAUGAAAGUGACGAUCAAAGCGGUUCAGAGAGGGAGAGUUCUCAUGGCCGCAAGUCCAGUAAAAAAGGCAAGCGCUCGGGCAAGAAGAAUGUAAUUGUCAUACGCAAUGUAAAUGUAACAUCAAAGAAGAAGCAUAGGUCAUCAGAGAGCGAGUCACACUCAGGCUCAGAUAUGUCAUCAGAGGAUAGUGAUGAUUCACACAGAAAAUCAAGCAAGAGGAAUCAUAAGCGCUCGAGUUCGAAGAAAAAAGGGGGCAAGAAAACCAUUGAGUCUGAAGAUGAGUACACCAAGGAUGGAAUGUCUAAUGGGCAGCAAGAUGGAGAUCAAGGAAACUGGAAUGCGUUCCAAAACUUCUUGCUCAGAGAUGAAGAGAAGACAAGAGAUAAUAAUGACGCGGAUAUGUUCGCCAGUGAAAGGGAGCCACCACCACCACCUAGGAGGAGAGAGACCACAGGAAAUAUGGAUGAUCCUAUUCUUUUAUCCGAGCGGGGUUCUGCUGAUGCCGAUGAGCGAAAUGGAAUGCCUUUCAACACAGCCAAUGGGAGAAUUAGGGCCAGGCAGAUGAUGUCUGGUAAUGAACUUAUGAUGUCUGGGGAAGGUCGGAGCUUUGUGGAUGGUGACAUGAAGGAGAUAGAAGCCGGAGGUGGGGGAUACAGAAGAGGGGCAAAUGAUGACUUCAUGGUUUAUGGACAUGACAACUCAAUGGACAGGGGGAGCUCCUUGGACCCCCUUGCCGAGGGGCAUUACAAGAGACCCACUCUGGAGGAAAAGAAGAAUGUGCACGGUGUGGAUGAGUCCUUCAUGAUACCUGUUAGCUCCAACUCACAUGAUAACCUUGGAGCUGACGGCCGUACUGCCAUUGACAUAGAUGCUGAGCUUGGCACAAGUGUUCAGAAAACAUCGGAUGCCAAGGCUGGAGGUGAACUUUUCUAUGAGCCAGAUGAGUUGAUGCCAGAGCGUGGAUCUGAAGAUGUUUCAUUUGGAUAUGAUCCAUCAAUGGACUAUGAUAGCCACAUGCAGAUUCAUCCUGACGUCGGCGUUGAAGAUGCAAAUGCAGAGGAUUUAUCAGCUUGCGUCGAGGAUGAAGGAAAGAUGCCAGCAAAAGACAAGAAGCUUAGAGGUUCACAGGAGGGUUUGGAUAAAAGAAGGAAGGAUGCCUCAGCAAGGAGACUGUCAGCGCCCAAAGGCCCACUAACUGAUGCGCAGAAACGUGCACAAAACCUACGCGCGUAUAAAGCGGGCCUACAAAAGGAAAAGAAGGAGCUGGAAGCCGAACAGAUUAAACGGCUCGAAAGGCUUAAGCAAGAGAGGCAAAAGAGGAUCGCUGCAAGAAGUGGCGCAUCUAAUCCAACAUCAACAUCGCCGCAGGCUAAAGCAAAACCUUCUCCAAAGGUUUCUCCCAGUACCCACAAGAGUUCGAAGUUCACUGACGCUGAACCAGGAUCCUCUUCGCCUCUAAGAAAAAUUAUUCCUGCCAGAAGCAGUACCCCAGGGAGUGAUCCUCACAAAACAGCCAAAGCAAGCAAACUCGGCGGUGACAGCUCAAGUGCAGUGAGCAAGUCAACCUCAUCACUGGCUGAGAUCAAAAAGGAGAAAAGUGGCAGAACUGAAUCGUCGAUUGAGCGAUUGAAAAAGCUUGCUGAACCUAAAAGCAAUGCUUCGACUGACCAUCCUUCGAAUCCCAAGUCAGCGAGCGUGGAUCACCCACGGAGAAGAAGCUUGCCGUUGCCGGAAGAUGUGCAGACCAAGAAAAUCUCUGCUAUAAUGCAGCUCGACGAGACCAAGUCGGCAGCCCUACCAGAGCUGAAAGUCAAAUCCCCCCGAACCCCUGCCGCUGUCGUUGUGAAGAACAAGGCGGCGGCUAAAGUAGCAAAAGAGGCGCCACGUGGUGGACCUAAAGCACAUGCUACUUCAGAAAGUAGAGAUGGAAAGAAAUCUUCCAACGGUAAAGUUUCAAGGGUAAUCAGCAGUGAUGACAAUGUGGUGGUUGAGAAGACCGUCGUGAUGCUUGAAAACGAAGUGGUCUCUACGCCUCCUGUUGUUCUACCUCCUGGAAGAAGUGCAGAGAGCGAAACUCGCAGCGAUGACCGAAUGGACUAUCCCAGUCUGGAGCAGGAGUAUGUUGCCAUCAGGGCUCCACCUUCUCCCGUUGAUCUUCCUGAAGAUGCAAAUCCUACCAUCCAUGCAUCUGACAACCAGUUGAAUUCCUAUGAGGUGGAUGUGCCUGAGUACAAGAAGGAUGAGCUUGAGAAACCAGCCCCGCUGGCUCCAAUGGAGGAGAAGCCUUAUGAGGCCCCUUUUGCCAGGGUAACAUCAUUGGAGGAUGCUUCAAGCAAGACUCCUGCUUACAACCAGCACCCGUUACCUGCGCAGGAACCCGAGACACUUGCGCGUGCAGCGAGCGUGAGGGCACGCGUACCUGAGCCUGCUGCAUAUGCAGUCUCAGCCGAGGAGACACAUGGAGAAAAUGGCAAGCCUCGAAGCAAAGAACCGAAAGGCUUCAGGAAACUGCUGAAAUUCGGCAAGAAGAGCCACACUUCAACGAUGGAUUCUGAUGCAUCGUCAGUCGACGAAGCCCCUGCAGGAGAUGGUUCGAUGCUGAAAAACCUCAUUUCACAAGACGACUCUGCAGGCUCUUCUUACAAAGCUUCUCGGUCCUUCUCCCUGCUGGCGCCAUUCCGCAAGAACAAGGUCGUGCUGUGAGGAUUUUCUUGUACUAUUUUUGUUGUUGUUGAUGAGGCCGGCCAACAGCUUGAUUGGGUAUCGAUUGAGAUUAUUAGUUUGUUGAUUUCUUCUAGUAAAUACAUACAUACGUGCAUACUAUUUCGUAUAUAUAUACUUGCACUGUACGCUUGUGUUGUGUUGUUUGUAAGCAGUACUGUAUGUGUAAUCUGUCCUUUACAUUGUAUUACAAUCUACACAUCAACUCUUGCUCCUAUA